UGCUAUCCCUCUUUCUUGUGUUGUGUGCUCUUCUGCUCUCUCUCUCUCUCUCUGAAGAAAAGCAAAUAGGGCUUCUUCUCUUUCCUCCUCUCCGCAUCGCAUCAGAUCAUCUGUGAGUUGUGUAGCAGCUUGCAAUGGCAGAUGGUCAUGAAACUGACAGGAACAUCGAGAUCUGGAAGAUCAAGAAAUUGAUCAAAGCACUCGAGGCUGCGAGGGGCAAUGGCACCAGCAUGAUUUCUCUUAUCAUGCCUCCUCGUGAUCAAAUAUCUCGUGUUACCAAGAUGCUCGGUGACGAAUUCGGAACGGCUUCAAACAUUAAGAGCAGAGUGAAUCGUCAGUCUGUUUUGGGUGCGAUUACAUCUGCCCAGCAGAGGCUGAAGCUUUACAACAAGGUUCCUCCAAAUGGGCUCGUUCUCUAUACGGGAACAAUUGUUACGGAAGAUGGCAAGGAAAAGAAGGUCACCAUUGACUUUGAGCCUUUCAGGCCUAUAAAUGCAUCCCUGUACCUCUGCGACAACAAGUUUCACACUGAAGCUCUGAAUGAGCUGCUGGAAUCUGAUGACAAGUUUGGUUUCAUUGUCAUGGAUGGUAACGGGACCCUUUUCGGGACACUGAGUGGUAAUACACGAGAGGUGCUGCACAAGUUUAGUGUCGACCUCCCGAAGAAACAUGGAAGAGGAGGGCAAUCAGCGCUGCGUUUUGCUCGUCUGCGAAUGGAGAAGCGCCACAACUAUGUGAGGAAGACGGCAGAGCUUGCCACACAAUUUUAUAUCAAUCCUGCCACCAGUCAGCCCAAUGUUGCAGGGUUGAUACUUGCAGGGUCCGCUGACUUCAAAACUGAGCUCAGUCAGUCAGAUAUGUUUGAUCCCCGUCUUCAGGCUAAGAUUUUGAAUGUGGUGGAUGUUUCUUAUGGAGGCGAAAAUGGCUUUAAUCAGGCAAUUGAGCUGUCGUCUGAGAUCCUCGCUAAUGUGAAGUUUAUACAGGAGAAGAAAUUGAUAGGCAAAUACUUUGAGGAGAUAAGCCAGGAUACUGGGAAAUAUGUCUUCGGUGUGGACGACACACUGAAAGCUUUGGAAAUGGGUGCUGUUGAAAUACUUAUUGUGUGGGAAAGCUUGGACAUUAACAGGUACGUGUUGAAGAACACCACUAGCAGCGAAAUCGUCAUCAAGCACUUGAACAAGGAGCAGGAAACCGAUCAGAACAACUUCCGGGAUCCUGCUAGCAAUGCUGAGCUAGAGGUUCAAGACAAGACGUCAUUGCUCGAGUGGUUUGCUAAUGAAUACAGGAAAUUUGGAUGCUCACUCGAGUUUGUGACCAACAAAUCGCAGGAGGGCUCUCAAUUCUGCCGCGGAUUCGGCGGGAUAGGGGGAAUUCUUCGUUAUCAGCUCGAUAUGAGGACGCUUGAUGAGUACGAGAGCGAUGGGGAUGUCUAUGAUGAAUCUGAAUAGCAAUCAAUCAACUGUUUCCUGAAGCUGGUGCAGAAGGAUGGGGGCGAAAAAUGCCUGCACCAGCUCAAGGAGUCGCGCUCGCUGCUGCUCCUUCUCCCAUGUUGGUCGAGAUAUUUUUGCAGCUUAAUGAAGAAGAAGAAGAAGAAGAAGAAGAAGAAGGUUACUUUCUUAAAGGAUAUUGUGUUGUCAUCUGAGAUUACAAGUAUAAGAUGGUGGUGUCAGGACGAACAUGCCAUAGCGGUUGGAGAGAUGCCGUGGAAGAUGAGCAUGAAGCUGUCGGCUGCAACAGACUUUGGAUGAAGAUGAAAUGAUGUCCCAAAAGCGUGCUUAGGCAACUCUAUGUAUGGUUGUCCUCUUGUGGAAAAGCUUUUAUAUGUUCUCUUAUCUAUUAUUACUAUAUGCUCGGUUAUGAAGUUUUUUAUUAUGUUUAUUUUGGGUUUCGUAACUAGUGUUUGUGGUGGACUAAAAUAAGUGAUGACACGCUUGUUUGUGGUA